CUACAUUGUACAGCAACCAGAUUCCCGAUCAACGAAAGAUGGCGUCGGCACCAUCAAAGGACACUCUUCGUCCAUCAACCUACACUCUUCGUCCAUCAACACACACCCUUCGUCCAUCAACCAAUACCGACGGUGCCACCAUGGAACAGGCUCUUCGUCCAUCAACUGACACCCCUCCUCCAUCAACCGACAGCAUGAUACAGGUAUACUUGGAACAGGCAGACAUAGGCCAGGUAAACCGAAGCGGGAGACCUUGGAUCUCGCCCAUCUCAUGGACCACGCUCAGCGUAGUUCUCAGCGUGGUAUUCAGGUGGUCAGUGGUCAGCCUUGUCGGUAACGCCAUGUUCUUCAUCAAUGCCUGCAGAACAGCGGAGAAGCCAAAAUUCAAGGCUUAGAUCGUUUUCUCGAUGGUCAUCAUUCUGGUACUGUCACUGCUCCUGAAUGUCUCGCUCUUGCGGGUUCUUCUUAUUAAGUACAAC